UGACUGGGCAGCUCUGGUCAGUGUGGCUGGAUGCUCUUGUCUUGCUGGAUGCUAAAGAGGAGUUGCUGGCCUACAGUGAACUCUAGCUGAGUUUUUGGGAAGAUCCAUUCGUAGCCCUCAGGUUAAUGUGCUGGGGUGUUAUAUCUUCUGACAUACAUAUGACAGUGUCUGAUGAAGCAGAAGAGAUUCCACCUUGUCUUUCUAUUGGCUGUCUGACUCCUUCUAUAGAGCCUAGCCUGAGGCUGAAGAUUAUCUAACUUUGGUCAAUGUACACACAGCACUCACCUCGACCGCACCAGAGAUGAAUGCCAGCAUCAUGCCUAAGCAAGUGGAGGUGAGGAUGCAUGAAAGUCACCUGGAGCCCAUCGAGGCCAGGCCCAGGAACAAGUGUAUCAGCUGCUUCUCUUCUCUUUUCAAGAACCUGCUGCUCACGCUCACUGUACUCGGUGUGAUUCUGGGGGCUGUGUCUGGGAUGCUGCUUCGUUAUGCCUCUCCCAUCCACCCAGACAUCGUCAUGGUGAUUGCGUUCCCUGGAGACAUCCUGAUGAGGAUGCUGAAGAUGUUGAUCCUGCCUCUCAUCAUCUCCAGCUUAAUCACAGGUCUGGCUGGCCUAGAUGCCAAGUCUAGCGGUCGCCUGGGCACCAGGGCAAUGGUCUAUUACAUGUCCACCACGGUGAUUGCUGCAGUGCUGGGAGUCAUCCUAGUGCUGGUCAUACACCCUGGAAACCCCAAGAUGAAGGAGCAGCUGGGAGAUGGCCAAAAGCAUGAUGAUGUGUCCAGCCUGGAUGCCUUCUUUGACCUCAUCAGGAACCUGUUCCCUGAGAACCUGGUGCAGGCCUGCUUCCAACAGAUCCAAACGGUAACUAAGAAGGUGGAGAAGGUGAUUGAGGAAGACAUCAAUGCCACCACCACCUUGGAGGGCCUCCUGUCCAACGCCACCAAGGAGCCUGAGUUCAUCAUCAAGAAGUCCCUCCAGUUCAAGAGUGGCAUGAACGUGUUAGGAGUGAUUGGCUUCUUCAUUGCCUUCGGCAUCUGCAUGGGGAAGAUGGGAGAGAGGGCCAAGCUCAUGCUGGAGUUCUUCAACAUCCUCAACGAGAUUGUUAUGAACCUGGUUAUCAUGAUCAUGUGGUACUCUCCCUUCGGUAUCUGCUGCCUGAUCUGUGGUAAGAUCAUCUCCAUUGAUGACCUGGAGGUGGUUGCUAGGCAGCUGGGGAUGUACAUGGUGACCGUGAUUGUGGGCUUGAUCAUCCACGGAGCCAUCUUCCUGCCUGCCAUCUACUUUGCCAUUGUCAGGAAAAAUCCCUACACCUUCUUCAUGGGCAUCUUCCAGGCCUGGAUCACUGCCUUGGGAACAGCCUCCAGUGCUGGUACACUGCCUGUCACCUUCCGUUGCCUGGAGGAAAACUUGGGCAUCGAUAAGAGAGUCACCCGUUUUGUGCUCCCUGUCGGCGCUACCAUCAACAUGGACGGAACCGCCCUCUACGAGGCCGUGGCAGCCAUCUUUAUUGCCCAGAUGAACAACAUCUACCUGGAUGCUGGUCAGAUCGUCACUGUCAGUCUGACAGCUACCCUGGCCAGUGUUGGUGCGGCCAGUAUUCCCAGUGCUGGACUGGUGACUAUGCUUCUAAUCCUCACUGCAGUCGGCCUGCCAACUCAGGACAUCAGUCUGCUGGUUGCUGUUGACUGGCUCCUGGACCGGUUCCGUACCUCGGUGAAUGUGGUUGGAGACUCGUAUGGCGCGGGUAUCGUGUACCACCUGUCCAAGGCUGAGCUGGAUGAGCUGGACGCUACACAUGGCAAGUCGGGCGACAUCGAGAUGAUGAACAAGACCUCGUCCUACUAUGAUGACCUCAAGAACCACCACGAAAACAACUCCAACCAGUGCGUCCAGUAUGCCGCUCACAAUUCAGUCGUAGUAGAUGAGUGCAAGGUAACCUUGGCCACUAACGGCUCUACUGCUGCGGCAGCCGUGGCGGAGCGCACACUUGUUGAGGAGGAACCCCGGAAAAGUGAAUAAAGCCAGCACACAAAACCCCAGCUCCACAGGCUUUCUUAUCUGGUGAAAAAAAAUGUGAACAAAAAAAAGAGUCGUGCGAACAGAACUACUAAUUGUUUUUCUUAUGUAUCUUUAUUUUGCAUUUGUAUUAGUCCCUUUACAGUGUUUCUAACCAUCUAUCUGACUGACAGAUGAAUAAUACUAAUUAACUUAUCAGUGAAACGAUAACAGAGGUAUGUUUUACCUGUUAGAACACUAAUGUGUGCAUCAUAGCAAACACUUGAACAACGGACAUCAAGGCUUGGGAGGGAGGGUGGGAAGAGAAAAGCAAACUGUUACUUAAAUGAUUCCUAGAAUUGUUUCUAUGAGAGCACUGCAUUCAAAACAGGGGGAGGGUCAGUGUGUGGGGGAGUAACACUGGAACAACAGUCCUUCAGAGUGUGAUGGUAGCUGUGAGUUUGACACUGGCAAUCUGGAAGUCGAACAACAGAGUGUGGGACAUAAUCAUGCUAAACAUAAGGUAUGCCUGUAUCAAACUCCACAUUAGAUUUUUAGCAGCGUGUCAUUACUAUUAUCAAUGAUACCACAAUAGACAGCUGUUAUUUGACCCCUGGCCCCUUUUACCUCACAAGAUAACCUUUUACCUAUACCUGACAGAGCCCCUGUAACCUAUCUGAGUGUCUUUGCUACCUGCUAUUACCCACAAUCCCAUGGGGGAACCCCGUUGGUGAUAAUGUAGAAUGUAGAGAUAAGGCAGGGUCUGGAGACUGAGCCUUACUCCACAAGCACAUGUUCUCUGAAAAGCACAAAAUACAAAAGAAACAUGGAACCUCUACUCCCUUUUUUAUUGUUAUACAUUUUGUUGACUAAUGUAAGGGAGAGGGACUUUUUCAAUGUCUAGUGUGAGAUUAUUUACUGUAUCUGUGUGAUUUGUGUGUGGUUGAUUUGUGUGUGUGUGUGUGUGUGUGUGUGUGUGUGUGUGUGUGUGUGUGUGUGUGUGUGUGUGUGUGUGUGUGUGUGUGUGUGUGUGUGUGUGUGUGUGUGUGUGUGUGUGUGUGUGUGUGUGUGUGUGUGUGUGUGUGUGUGUGUGUGUGUGUGUGUGUGUGUGUUUGUGUGUGCGUGUGCGUGUGCGUGUGCGUGGGAUGGGAGUGAGAACAUGACAUAUCUCCCCAGUACUGAUAAGGACCAAACAGGCAUAUGAUAAAUCAAGCCAGAAGCCUUCGAAACGCCUCCGUGACACUUACAGUCAUUGAUAUCGUCUUUUGGGGUUUCUUACUCUGCACACAAUCCAUUUGUACCUAACUCCAGGUAGAAAGUGUCUCAUCACUCAUUUAAAUGUCCAAAUUAGCUAUUAAGAAAUUGAUAAAGCUCUCUGCCCCGCAAUUACUGCAACACAUGAAAAUCAAAAGUAAAGGUAAAAUUUGUCUCCAAAUACAAAUAUAUCAAUAUCUUCAGUUCAGGACUUUAUUUCAUAUUAAUUAGUUCAAAGUACUAGGAAGUAUUUAUUAUUACCCAUCCCAGAUUUUCUGAAGCUAUCAAUUUCAUGAUGUUGAGAACCAAGAGUUAAUUGGGAAGUACCCAGAAAUAUAUCUAGAACCAUGAUUAGUACGAAAAUAUAAAGCACAAAUUAAGUUGUUUUAAAACAGAAUACAAAAACAGAAUAUAAAUUGAAUACUGAGUCCAUAUAGCACAAUUGCAGUUUAGAGUAUAAACUAGUUAUUUAUGAUUUUUUUAAAUUCCUUUUUGACACUGAUCUCUUUUCACAUUCAUCAUUCAUACUUUGAGGAACCCAAUAAGGGAAACUAUACUCAGGCUUUAGCACAAACUCCUUGGAUUUGAAAGAGACACUUUCACAAAGUCCUCAACAUGUUUAGCUGCUCAUGAAAGAAAAUAGGCCAUUGACAAUUGCCUUGUAUAGCACAAGUUGGAUAUGAAUGCUUGACUUUGAACACGUGGACUGUUUACCACCUUGAUAUUUUUUAAAGAGAUUUUUUGUAUACUUGAACCUAUAUGACAGAGAUAAAGUUUCCCUUCACAACUAUUCAUAAGUAAGCUACUUUUAUUAAGGGAUUCUUGUUAGGAACAGCACACAAAAACUUGCCAAAUUUUCCAACAUUAACAUUCCAGUGACUCAAACUUUCUUGGGUUCCCUUUUUGCAUGAAAGCACAAAUACAUAUUUGAUCAAAGAUGGUACAGAACAACCACAGAGCUUAAAUUAAAGUGCAAGUUUCAAGGUUGAUAACUCCCUGCACAACUAGUGGCCAGGUGGCAGUAUUACAUCCUUACUAUUUUUUUCCAGACCCUUAGAGUGGUCUUCUUAGUGAUUAAACAACUCUAACCUCUUACCACAGAUGCUGACGACUGUUCUCAGAAACCCUGAAUGCUGCAGCUAUGUGUAUCAUUGGUCUCAUAUGGUUACUACUGUAGAGCAGUCAUCUGGAUGCAUGGAAUGUUCACUGCAGACUUCCCAACUAUUAGGUAGGAGAAUUCUAUCCCCCUAAUGGAACCUAAAUGUUUAAAAAGAGAAACACACACAAAGUUAGAUCACCGGCUGCUAAUAUUUAAUGCGCGUAUGUGAUUGUAUGAGAGAUGUUUUGUGCAGGUGAGGCGUUCUGCAGGUGUGGAUGUAAUUUCUUUAUCCGUGUCGUGUCCUGCUCUCUUGUCUUGUUUUGAUCAUUUUGCUCAAUGACAACCUUGCCUUGAAGAUGUUAACUCUAAACUGUGCAGUCAGAUUGACCGUCAGGACAAUGCUGAUUAAAGUAACAGUAGAAAAAUGAACACUCACAUUCAUAGUGCAGUACACAGUCCCUUAGUUACCUUAAACACUUUCUCAGUCAGAAGAUCUACGCCAUGUUGCUUUUGAGCUUGUAUAACUGCCAUCACGCACAGACACACAGACGCAAAUACACACACAUGCAUGCACACUCGCGCACACACACACGCACACACACGCACGCACACACUUACACACUUAAACCUGGAAGGUCACCACACACAUUCUUACAUGCAAAUGAGUGAGCUGAAGAGCACAGCAUUGAAACCCCCUGAUGGCCCUAGGGCCUAACCUUUGACCUUGUGACCUUCAGUAAUAAGUGCUCCAAUAGGGAGAGGAUGCAGACCAGUGAUUCAUCAAUGGGGAUUGAGUGUUGGACCAUUAUUAUGUUCAAACUCACUGUUUGCAUGAAGUAAAAAAUGAGUAUAAUUUUUAUACACCACUAUCUUAAAAGCAUGAUUUGAAGUGCCUCCUUGCACUUUGUGUAUAUAUUGUAGGUAACAGAUAUUUUUUUUGUUUGUUUUAUUUGGGGGGGGUGUUGACAUGGUAUGUAGAAAUAGAAAUGAAUUGCUGUGACAUUUUUUGUAAUCCUUAGAAAAAUAUAAUCUAUGUUCUGAAUAAAAAUAGAUUAGUCAAAAUGUAUAGAAAAUAAUGUGCAAGAAAUUGUUUUAUUUUUUAUUUUUUAAUAGCUGUUAACUAGUUGUCUCACUUAACUGUCACACAUCAAUGUAUAAAUAUAUUGUUUUGUAUCUAAUGUAAGCGUCUUGAAUGUUUGUUCCAUGGAGAUAUGUCGCGUGCAUUCCUUUUCACUGUACAUAAAUAUAUAUAUAUAUAUAAUUACUCUGUUCAAUGGCACUGCAGAACGUUCCAGAGGAUACAAUGAUUUUGAAGCAAACAUGUUGAACUGGAAAGACAAAGCGAAAGAGGAAGGAAAGUAUCUGAUUAAAGAAGGGAGUCCAUAUAGGGUGGUGGGCUCUUUCUAAUUUGGUGAGAUGUGGAUGUAAUCAUGUCUAGGUUUGCAGAAGAAGAGAAAAAUAUCAAAUUUACCCUGUACGUACUAUUAACUAAUGAAACAAGCACAGCCGAGCUGUUAGUUUAGUUAAUUACGACUGAAAUAGUAAAUCUGAUCAGAAUGUCAGGUGUAGUACCUGCCAAAAUAUAUCUCCUAAGAUGAUCACCCAGAUCCUGGUCAAAAAUUCAUUCUAGACUUUCUACCAGAGAACACCAACACACCUUUAGUGUCCACCAUCUUGUCUUGUGCAGUAUGCACUAUGCUGUGGCAAUUACAAGACAUGGAUAUCUAUACCAAACAGUCAAGGUUCAUGUUUAGAUUUUGCCUAAGAGUUAAACUGUAACAGUAGUGAGCCCAAGUGUCAUAUCCAUGCACUAGCCUCUGUCGAAUCAGCACUUUCAAACCACCAGCACCAUUUCAAUAAACCCUCCAGACACAUAUUGAUCAAUUUGCCUUUUUGCUUUUCCUAAUUGUCAUCACAAUUGUCUGCAUGCACCAACAAAUCCGAUAUAUUAAGUAAAGGAUGUCAAAAUGGAAAUUGAUUGGCACAGUAUUUCUAAGAGUAGCCAGUAGAUCUUUAUAUCUAUAAUUCUGUAUACUACAGAAGUCUCUGUCUUUCUGAUAGGAUCAUCCUGAGUAUUCUGAUAACCUAUCUAUUUGAAAUGUUGUUGUUGUAAUAUUGAUGUAAAGGGAGAGCUUAUGUGGGGGGAGAUAGAAUAUUAAAAAAUAAAGGCAAAACAUAUAUGAAUUAUUUUCUUUACCAGCUCUGUGGUAUAAAAGUAUGUUCAUAUCAAUAAGUGUUGUACCUUUGGUGUACAUAUGAUUAUGAUAACUAAUAAAUGUUGAUUCAUAACUAAA